AGCUCAGCAGAGAGGAGCAAGAGAUCCCUGCUCUGUGUUGGAAAAUUGUCCCUGAUGAAGGCUUAGAACUGAUCGCGCACGGAAACUUUCAGAUGCAGCCUCUGCCUCAGGACACAGGCAUGAGCCCAGCCUCUGUGACCCUGGCCAGUGCCCUGCAGGUCAGGGGCGAAGCUCUGUCAGAGGAGGAAAUCUGGUCCCUCUUGUCCCUAGCUGCUGAGCGGCUCCUGGAAGACCUCCGAAAAGAUUCCUCGGACUAUGUGGUCUGUCCCUGGUCAGCCCUGCUGUCUGCAGCCGGAAGUCUUUCUUUCCAGGACCAUAUUUCUCCCAUAGCGGCUGCUCCUUUCAAGGCCCCUGAACUGCUACAGGGACAGAGUGAUGAAGAGCUGUCUGAUGCAUCUCAGAUGCACGUGUAUUCUUUGGGCAUGACCCUCUACUGGUCAGCGGGCUUUCACGUCCCACAAGAUCAGCCUCUGCGGCUCCAUGAGCCCUUGCACUCCAUUCUGCUGACUAUGUGUGAAGACCAGCCUCACAGGCGCCUGCCCCUGCAGUCAGUUCUGGAAGCCUGUCGGGUUCAUCGGGAAGAGGUGGCUGUAUACCCAGCUUCUGCCAAUCUCCAUGUCCAACGGCUGGCCGGCUUAGUUCUGGGCACCAUCUCUGAGGUGGGGAGGGGAGCUGCAGAAGGAAGCUACUCUGUGCAGUGGGACCGAAGCCGUCUGAUCAGGAGUAGGCUGCAUCAGGUGAGCUGUGAGAGUCCAGCAGCAGGCACCCUGGAGCGACCGCACCCCUGCAGAGUUUCAGAGAGAAGCACAGAGACCCAGAGCUCCCUGGAGCCUGGUCCGAGCACCUCAGUCCCCAGUCACUGCAGCCUCUCGGCUAGUAGUGCUCUGCCAAUGGAAGCUCCCCCAGAGCUUGAGGACGGACAGCAGCUCAGCUCUGGCUCCAUGUUCCCAGUGUCCGCAGAAACCUCACAGUCAGCAAUUCCUUCUCAAAGGGCUUUUCUGCAAAGAAAAGGAAAGUUCUCUAGGCCCGAGUUCAUCUUGCUGGCUGGAGAGGUCCCGGUGACUUUGCAUCUACCUGGCUCUGUUGUGACUAAAAAAGGGAAAUCCUAUUUGGCUCUCAGGGACCUCUGCGUGGUGUUGUUGAGUGGGCAGCGUCUGGAGGUGAAAUGUGACAUUAUGUCAACAGCGGGAGCCGUCUUCAGCGCUGUCAUGUCCUUUGUCCACCUUGGGGAGUUCACCUACUUUGGCUUGGCUUACAUGAAAGGGAAAGAGUUCUUUUUCUUGGACAAUGAAACCAGGUUGUGCAAAAUAGCCCCUAAAGGCUGGAGUGAGCAGCCCCAGAAGAAGACCUUCUCGAAUACCUUCACUCUCUUUCUGAGGAUAAAGUUCUUUGUCAGUUGCUGUUUGCAACUCCAGCACAGCCAGACAAGACAUCAAUUUUAUCUGCAGCUUCGGAAAGACAUCCUGGAGGAGAAGCUCUACUGCAAUGAUGAGACCCUGCUGCAGCUGGCGGUCCUUGCCUUGCAGGCUGAGUUUGGCAAUUACCCUGAGGAGCAGAUAGAGAGCAAAACCUAUUUUCGGGUUGAAGAUUACCUCCCAGCAAGUCUGCUUGAGAGGAUGACUGCUCUCCGGGUCCAAGCUGAAGUCUCAGAGAGGCACCGUGUCAGUCCUGUGCUCUGGGGAGAGGAUGCCGAGCUAGAAUUCUUGAGGGUCACUCAGCAGCUCCCGGAAUAUGGUGUGCUGGUUCAUCGAGUUCUCCCAGAGAAGGCCAGGGUGGAAGGGGAGAUGGCUUUGGGGAUCUGUACCAAGGGUGUCAUUGUAUACGAAGUGACAAACAACAGCAGAAUUGCAACUUUGCGGUUUCAGUGGAGAGAAAUCAGAAAGAUUUCAACUUGUCGGAAGAAGUUCACCAUCACAAGCAGCAUCACUGGGAAAAAGCACACGUUUGUCACUGAUUCAGCCAAGACCUGUAAAUAUUUACUAAGACUCUGCUCUGCCCAGCAUGGGUUUAAUGCUCAGAUGAGCUCCCUGCCUGUUGCAGCUGACCAUGAUAAAUGUGUGCAAAUGCCCAGUAUGAGUCUUGCACACCUGGCCCAGUCCAAGUCUCUCACUUGGAUUCAGAGAUUAUCAAGCUCAGAAAAUGCACUGUUUGCACCCGCGCCCAGACUGGAGGCUGCCGCAGGGGGCCUGCUGGCCGCGUCGAUGGAUAACUUCACUGUGAAAACCAGCAAGGAGACUGCAGCACGGGGAAACCGAGGCAGCCCUUGCAUGCGUCGGGAACAGCUGGAAACCAUCUCUUUGAUCCAGAAGUCAACGACUCGUGACCCUGUCUCUGGGCUGCCUGUGGAGAGCAUGUACAUGGGGCCACAAAAUGACAGGAGAAAGGGCUUUAUAGCUGAACCAGAAGGAGAAAUCACGCACGUGACACUGACCCGGGAUCCGCAUCGUGGCUUUGGCUUUGUCAUUAAUGAGGGAGACGGUGUUGGCAAAGCUGACCCUGGCAUCUUUAUAUCUUCUAUUAUACCUGGGGGACCUGCUGACAAAGCUAAAAAGAUCAAGCCAGGAGGGCGGAUACUGGCCUUGAAUCACAUCAGUCUGGAGGGCUUCACAUUCGAUAUGGCUGUUAGAAUGAUUCAGAAUUCUCCUGACAGCAUAGAAUUAAUCAUUUCUCAGUCAAAAGGUUUUUGUGGAAGUACCCCAAGUGAGGAAAAGAAUAGCAUGGCCAAUUCUGGGGUCUUGUCUACAGACAGCCCAAGCAACUGGCAUCAGGGAAGCUUUUCAUCACACAAGCAAAACCAGGAGAAAAAUAUUGAAGACCUUGAAGUGGCUCAGACUCAGAGCUUACUGCCCAGGGUGAGGCCUCAGCUUUCCCCUUCGCCAUUAAAGGGUACUGGUUCUUCUUGUCCUCCACCACCUUCAGAAAUCAAUGUCAGUGAAAUCUACUUUGUGAAACUGGUUAAAGAAGAUGGGACGCUUGGAUUCAGUGUGACUGGUGGCAUUAACACAAGCGUGCCCUAUGGAGGUAUCUACGUGAAAGCCAUCGUUCCUGGAGGGCCAGCUGCCAAGGAAGGGCAGAUCCUGAGGGGUGACCGGCUCCUGCAGGUGGAUGGAGUGAGUCUGUGCGGCCUCACCCACAAACAGGCUGUGUGUUGCCUCAAGGGUUCUGGGCAGGUUGCAAGACUGGUCUUAGAGAGAAGAGGCCCCAGGACCGCCCAGCAGUGUCCUUCUGCUAAGGACAGGACGGGAGAUGAAUGCACAGCUGUUUCCUUGGCAACAGUCUUGCCCGGCAGGCCCGAGGGCUGUGUCUCCGCGACAGAUGGUCCUAAGUUUGAAGUCACCCUGAAAAAAAAUGCCAGUGGGUUGGGAUUCAGCUUCGUGCAGAUGGAGAGAGAGAGCUGCAGCCAUCUCAAGAAUGAUCUUGUGAGAAUUAAGAGACUCUUCCCAGGGCAGCCGGCUGAGGAGAACGGGGCCAUCGCAGCUGGUGACAUUAUCCUGGCCGUGAAUGGAAGGCCCAUCGAAGGCCUUGUGUUCCAGGAGGUGCUCCAUUUACUGCGAGGGGCCUCCCAGGAAGUCACGCUCCUACUUUGCCGACCCCCUCCAGGUGUCCUGCCUGAGGUAGACCAGGGAUGGCAGACACCUGUGCUCUCAUCAGACAAAGAAUUCACCAAGGCGUCUUGUACUGACUCAGAGCAGAGCCCCAGUCUGGAUCAAGAGGACAGCAGGAGAGACAGUGCCUCUCCAGAUGCAGGGGAAAGCCUGAGUCUUAGGCCAGAGUCUUUCCAAAAAGCCCCCGGGGAAGCACAAGGGGACCAAGACCUAGAGAGACCCUGGACCACUUGUUUGACGCAUCCUCAGGAUUCCCACCCUCAUUUAUGCAGACUUCAGCAAGAAAUGGAUCCAUCAACAUUGGCCACCUCUUUGGAAAAGGAUAUGAGGCAAAACUGCUAUUCAGUUUGUGAUAUCAAGAGGCUUGAAAGUCCUGAAUUGGACACAGAUGAAGAUGAAGGAGACAUGGGUCAUCUACUUGAAGCCCCUUCUCCUAUUGUGGACAAUGAAGCAUAUCUUACCAUCAGGUCUACAUUGGAAAGCCAGCUACUCUGUGAAGAAUGUUUGGAAGCAGAUUCAGGAACCAUUCCCUUGCCACAGUUCUGUUCUUGGCAUGCUAUCACAGAGUCUUUGCCUGUAGAAGAGUCGUGUGAUAGUGAGAAUGAAUGGGAAGACCUGGAGGAGGCUGUGGACCCAGAUGAUGGCACCCUCAGGGGAACAGAGAAAGUCUGAGAGUCACCCGAGGCAGAGCCCUGAGGUUUCUGCAUGGACAUCCUUUUGACAGUGAUCACAUGGAAGAACUCUCAGAUGUCCUCAGUCCAGAGAAUGUACAUAUAAGCUCUAUAACCAGGAAAGAAACCCGUGGGUCCCUGAGGGGGUGGCAGGGAAUGGAGGAUCUGGCCUAGUUAAGAACUAACUUUAAAACGACCAUGGCUGUCACUUCUGAGACUCAUUUUGAAUAGCAGUCAUGACCUCUCUCCCAUUCUGGGGUUUAUGUUGAAUAAAGCUGUGCGUGCGUGUGUGUGUGGCUGUGUGUGCGCUCACAGGGGACUUCCCCUUUGUGAAAGGGUUUGAGAACCAACCACCUACAUCAAGAUAAACCAGCCCAGGGUGAGGUCUUGCUGCUUCACUGGCACACACUUUCUGGGACAGAUGCAAAGUUCCAGUUUGUACUUUUUCGUUCUCCAUUGGUUGAAGGAGUUUCCAUGGAUUUCAAAGUGCUGUUAGUUUCCUUGAGGGAAUCUGCUGAGAGACUUGGCUCAAGGCCUUGGGAGUAAUGUGUUUUGACAUCUUUCUGUGUUCUUCCUAUGCAACUCCAUAUGGUUGUGAAUUCUUUUAAAGGCAUUUUCCUUUUUGAACUCAGCAACCUGAUCCUAAAGAUGAUAUGAAGAAAAAAUAAGAUGGGAACAUCUAAUACAGAAGAAAAAGAGAAUUGGUAGAUCAAGCAUUACCAGAAGUUAUGAUAUAUAACCUUGGCCAUAACAAGAAACUAAAACUGUGUGGACUUAACAAAUGCACAAAAGAAACAGAGCUGGUGGACCACAGUUUGCGCCAAAAAACCACACCUGGCAAGACAUGAGGAGGGAUACAUGGCAGCAUUUCAACAUGGGGGAAGGAAGCCACCUUCAUAGACAGAACUGGGGUAGCUGGAAAAGAGAGUUUAGAUUCAAAGCUCACCUCCUCUAUGAAAAUUACAGAUGGGCUGAUUUAGGAAAAAACAAACAGAGAAAAGCUGUAUAAAACAAACUCUAGUUUUAUCAGAUCUACAGAGGAAUAAUACACUUCUGGCUUACAGCAAUAAUAAGGCAUAACAAAGAGGAACUACAAAGUUGACAAUAUUGAAAGAGUUAAAACUUCUAUACAGCAAAAAUGCCAAAAUUAAUGUAAAAAUAUGCAAUGGAUUGGGAAGCAUUUACAUAAUUGUGAGUAAAGAUGAAUAUCUAUAAUAUUUAGAAAGCCCAGGAUGGUUUAUAAUAGAUUAAUUUCAGUAGACAAUGUACAUAAUAAAAAUGCAAAUGGUGAAAAAAUACAUAUUCUAAUCGAAAUAAUGUCAAUGGAUUAAUUUGGGUUUACGACAUUUGCAAAAUUAAAAAAAUACUAUCCAAUUUUGGCAAAAUUUGAGUGAAAUUGGUACACUAAGAAGUAUCAAAGGCCAUAAAAGUACAAAUGCCCAGUACUUAACAAUACCAGUCCUGAGAAUUUAUCCCAAAAGAAUAAUUGAGCAUAAGAAAAAAAAUGUGUUAUUUUAAGAGGUUCAUUGCAGUGUUCUCAAUAAAAACAACCUAAAAAUGGUGAAAAUGCCUUAGAAUUUGGUAAUAUUGAAGACAGUUAUGUCAGCCUGCUGAAAAAAAGAAUACCAUAGAAAUGGCAACAAUGAAAUAUGGUAAUAUUAAAGACAGGAUGGUAAAAGAAAAAGGAUAAUUAUGAUAUAGUAACAUCAUGGGAUAUUAUGUAGCCAAGAAGACAAUGAAACAAAUACAAAAGGUCACAACUUAGAAAAGUGAUACACGGAGCCCCUGGAGGCCUUAGUGGUUUCUGUGUCUGACUCUUGACUUUGGCUCAGGUUAUGAUCUAAUGGGUGCUGAGAUCGAGCCAUGUAUUGGGCUGUGUGCUCAGCAGAGAGUCUGUUUGAGAAUCUCUCUCUCCCUCUGCCACCUCCCCCACCAACUCACACACUCUCUCAAAUAAAUAAAUAAAUAUUUAAAAACCGUGUUUGGUAUAAUAACUCCAAAUGGCAUUGGAAUGUCUCACUGGUGACAUCCAUAGAAGAGAGCUACCCAGCAAUUACACUACUGAGUAUUUCCCCAAAGAUACAGAUGUAGUGAAAAGAAGGGCCAUCUCUACCCCAAUGUUCAUAGCAGCAAUGGCCACAAUAGCCAAACUGUGGAAAAAGCCAAGAUGCCCUUCAACAGAAGAAUGGAUAAAGAUGUGGUCCACAUAUACAGUGAAAUAUUACUCAGCUAUCAGAAAGGAUGAAUACCCAACUUUUGCAUCAACGUGGACGGGACUGCAGGAGAUUAUGCUGAAAUAAGUGAAGCAGAGAAAGUCAAUUAUCAUAUGGUUUCACUUACUUAUGGAACAUAAGAAAUAGCAUGGAGGAUGUUAGAAGGAAGGGAAGAAUGAAGGGGGGAAAUCAGGGGGAAACAAAUCACGAGAGUCUGUGGACUCUUGAGAAACAAACUGAGGGUUUUAGAGGGGCUGGGGGUAGGGGAUGGGUUGCCUUGGUGAUGGGUAUUAAGGGAUGGGAUGUAUUGCAUGGAGCACUGGGUGUUAUAUGUAAACAACGAAUCUUGGAACACUCCAUCAAAAACUAAUGAUGUAUUGUAUGGUGACUAACAUAACAUAAUAAAAAAUAAUAAUAAAAAAGAAGAGCAUCUAUGAGUACACACAGACAAGUAGAGUGAUGGAAGAGAAAUCACCCAGAGUUUGGGUGAUAGAUUAAGAGAAUAUAUUUUGUUAAAAAUCCCUUUAUUCUUCGAUAUUUAUUAAUUGUAUCAUGAAUUUUAAGUUGAAAAUAAAGAGACCAAAACAGAAAAAAAGAGACAACAGAAGAAACAAAGACAGAGGCUUAAAAAAGCCCACACUCUAAAAUUUAAUUUAGAAAUUCUUCUCUAUGUGCUGUUAUUUCUAAUUUCUUGUUCUUUUUAUGAGAGAAGUCUUAUAGGUCAUUGGCCUUGUUUUGCUAUUAAUGAAAAAGAAAUAUCCAGGCAUCUGAACAGUCUUGUUUCAAAUGUACUCAGGACUGGAGCCAGCUCCCUUGGUGCACGAUUACAGUUUCAUAGCUCUCAAGUUUAGGGAAUCAAUCAUGUAUGCAACAAAGUGAGUAAAUAACAGUAUUUACAAUUUUGGAACUGCUCACUCUCUGCUGAACCCUGGGUGCUUAUAUUCUCUUUGGAAAAGAAAUGGAUGCCUAUAGGUUCACAACGAAUCUUGUCCUCCUGCCUAUAGGAAAGGAACUCCUCCCUUUCCCCCUCCACCCACAGUCUUAUUUACUCAUUUGGAGCCAUUAUCUCAUGAGGAACCUGGUCAUUUGCCUUAGGCGGGCUUGACUGUAGCUGUUGCUUGUUCAGUUGCAGGGCAAAAGUCAGAAAGGGCAGCGCAGCCCUAAGGGACUCAGCCCAUUGCCUGCAAACUGCUUCUGAGUCUGGCUUCUGCAUUAUACAUCCUCAAACCUGGCUGUACUUAAGAAUCAACUAGAGAAGGUGUUAAAAAUUCAGCUCCAAGGGCUUCAUCCCUGGAGACUCUGAAUCAGCAAGGCUGGGGUAAAACCCAGAAAUCUAUCCUUUUUUCAAGCUCAGCAGAGGGUUGUAUGUGUGGCCAGAUUUGGAAACUACAGGUGCAAAGUCUUCAGUAAAUAUUUAUUAGGCUUCUAGUAUGUGCCAGCACACCAUUUGUAUAAGGUUAGCUCAAACAUAUACGUGCUCACCACUCAAUUGUAGAACUACCAUGGGCUUCAACGUUGUGAAGAUGUGAAUGUUCCUCCACAAAGUUUAAUUUAGAAAUGUAGUGUGAUUCCUAUCAAAUGCCCGCCAAGGUAUUUUGUAGACACAGACAUGCUUAUUCUAAACUUUACUUUGUAAAUUUUGUUUUAUGUUUUAAAUAUAAUUGGUAUUAUAUAAAUAAAAAAUAUGUUCUGAAAAGGCAUGGGCCCUAGAAUAACUAAAAUCAUCUUGAAAAAGUAGAAUGAAGUAGAAGGAAUCACUGUGUCCAA